AUGCCGGCUACACCGAACAAGCUCAAUUUGAGCUUCGCGCGAAACGCGUACAAUACUUUGAGCAACCGUACACCUACGGAAAGUGUCGACCCUCAGGUUGAGCAAAAAAAAGAGUUGUUAGAGGGUACCAGGGGAAACGGACUCGUUCAGCUUAAGAAUGGGGUGGAUUAUAUUAAUCCGGGGCAAGAGGACCAGAUGGAGAUUUAUGGAUACCGCAGAAGCAAAAUUUUCACAAUAAUAACUUGGAUUCUAAUAAUAGCGACCGGAGGUCUCCUACGACUAGUGUUCCACUGGGUACCACACUGGAUGCUGCGGGCGACUCACUCAAAAUGUCCGCUGGAGGAAGCGGAUACCGUGCUGCUUGUGGAGCGGUUCCAGGGGAAACACGCGUACUACUACGUCAAACGAGUCAGAACUCUAACUGCCGCUGACGUAUCGAAGAACGCGCUGGACAGCGAAACGCUGAUCGACGAAUCGUGGACCGGAUCAGGCAGCGUGAAUUCGACAGACCUAGCCGGAGUGACCACUAUCGACGACUCUCUUAAGCUGUCAGUCCACUUGCACAGCGGCCAUUUUAGACAGGUGUCCUCCAUCUUGAUGUUCACUUGCAAGAAACUCGUUUACAUCUGGGACACCGAACGCGGGGAGUUUCUUAAGCUUGCUGGGCUAGAUUUCGGCGUCUCUACGUCUACGUUGCACCAAAUGCCGGGACUGAGUUCUCAGGAGCAAUUUCUCAGGCGAAGCGUUUACGGCAACAACGAGAUAAAAAUCCCUCUGAAAAGCUUCCUCCAUUUGCUGUGCCUCGAAGCGCUGAAUCCAUUUUACGUCUUCCAAUUGUUCAGCUUCUGCCUGUGGAUCGCUGACGAUUACUACUACUACGGACUGGCAAUCAUGUCAAUGUCUUGCUUCGGUAUAACUAUGGCAGUGGUUCAAACCCGUCGGAACCAAGAGAAGCUCAGCUCAACAGUCCACUCAUCAGACGUCGCGACGGUGAUGCGGGACCGCACUACCGGCAAAGCAGAUUCCAUAACUUCCGAGCGUAUAGUCCCCGGCGACAUCCUUGUAAUCCCUCCUCACGGUUGCCUGAUGCCCUGUGACGCAGUCCUGCUCACUGGAACCUGCAUCCUAAACGAAUCGAUGCUCACCGGCGAGUCAGUCCCAGUGACCAAGACCCCGAUCCCCUCCUCUUCAGAAUUGACCUACGACACCAAAGAACACGCAAGACACACCCUCUUCUGCGGCACCAAGGUCAUCCAGACCCGGUACUUCGGGGGUGAGAAAGUCCUAGCCGUGGUCAUCAGAACUGGAUUCACCACCAGCAAGGGAGAGCUAGUCAGGUCAAUAAUGUACCCCCCGCCAGUUGACUUCAAGUUUGAGCAGGACUCCUACAAGUUCGUCGAGAUCCUCGCCUGUAUCGCGGUAGUGGGUGCCAUCUACACCGCGAUCUCCAAGUCCCUUCGUGGAUUGCCUACUCGAGACAUUAUCUUAGAAGCUCUGGACCUCAUCACCAUAGCAGUUCCUCCAGCUCUGCCCGCUGCCAUGACAGUAGGUCGGUUGGUCGCCCAAAACCGCCUGGAGAAGCGCAGGAUCUACUGCACAAGUCCAAGGGCGAUCAACGUCUCUGGGUCCAUCGACUGCAUCUGCUUCGACAAGACUGGAACCCUUACUGAAGACGGUCUUGACAUGUGGGGCGUCGUCCCAUCAACUGACAGGAAGUUCCUUGUCCCUGUCAAGAAUAUCGUUAGCCUACCAGCCACGGAACUCUUGUUCGGGAUGGUCACCUGCCAUGAAAUCACCAUCAUCGACGGCAACCGGGUUGGAGACCCCCUAGACCUCAAGAUGUUCGAGUCCACUGGCUGGAGCCUCGAAGAACCCGACGUCUCUGACAACACCAAGUUCUCCAUGAUGUUCCCCAACAUCGUUCGUCCGCCUAAGGACUCAAAGCUGCUUAACCAGUUCUCUUUGCCCGGAAUUUCGCCGGCUCACCAGAAUUCUAUCGCCAACUCCGAGGUUGAAAAUAUGUCCUUGAACAACCUGGCGGCUUCUGACGCAGAAUUAGCGGAGCAGGGCCUGGAGAUCGGAAUCAUCAGGCAGUUCCCUUUUACGUCCAGCUUGCAGCGAAUGAGUGUCAUCACAAGAACGUUGGGCGCCAAUCACUACGAUCUUUACUGCAAAGGGAGUCCCGAGAUGAUCCAGUCCCUCUCGAUUUCAGAGUCAAUCCCGGCAGACUUUGCGUCUGUCCUCCAAGAGUACACUUCUGAAGGCUACCGGGUGAUCGCAAUUGGGCACAAGCCGCUGAACAAGCUGACCUACGCAAAGGUUCAUCGGCUAAGUCGGGAGUCUGCCGAAUCCGAGUUGAAUUUCUUGGGCUUCGUAGUGCUGGAAAACCGGCUCAAGCUGGAAACCACUCCGGUAAUUGAAGAGCUGAACCGCGCUUGCAUAAAAACAGUAAUGGUCACCGGAGACAACAUCCUCACCGCACUGUCAGUCGCCCGAGAUUGUGAGAUGAUCAAAUCCGACAUGCCAGUGAUUCAGGUGACGGCAGUCCAAACUGGCCAGCAGUUCCAAGUCUACUUUUCGCGUAGUGACGUAUCUCCAAUUCCAUCAAGCAUCAGCGAGAUAACAGAUCUGAACAGUAUCGUUUCGUUGGAAAUCGAGAGCGGGUCCUUCGUUCGUCCAGACAACGCUUAUCUAGAUGACUACCACAAGAACAACAAGUACGUGUUUGCAGUAACUGGCAAGACCUGGGCGAUCUUGAAACAGUUCCAUCCUGAGUUGAUUCCAAAGAUCGCGACUCGGGGAGCCAUUUACGCUCGGAUGUCUCCAGACCAGAAGCAGCAGCUGGUCCAGGAAUUGCAAGGGUUGGGAUACUACGUCGCAAUGGUUGGAGAUGGUGCUAAUGAUUGUGGUGCGCUUAAGGCUGCCCACACUGGAAUAUCUCUGUCUGACACGGAAUCAUCAGUGGCUUCCCCAUUCACCAGUCGGGAGACCAACAUCUCUUGCCUCCAAUCGGUGAUCCGCGAAGGCCGGGCUGCUUUGGUCACUUCUUUCGGAAUCUUCAAAUACAUGGCUGCCUACUCUUUGACGCAGUUUGUUUCAGUGAUGAUUCUUUACGAGAUUGACUCCAACCUGACGGACUUUGAGUUUCUGUAUAUUGACCUGCUGAUCAUAUCGAUUUUCGCGUUCUUCCUGCCCAGGACGGCGGCCUACGACGGACCGCUGGUGAAGGAUCCACCACUGACUAGUUUGAUCAGCACGUCGUCGAUCCUGAGCAUCGCCAGCCAAAUGAUUAUCGUUACGAUUUUCCAGGUGCUUAGCUACUGUAACCUCAAGCAGAAUGUGUGGUACGAGCCCUUUAACGUCGAGAAGAUCGAAGACAAGGAUGAUGUGUCCUGUUAUGAAAACUACACGCUCUUUAUCAUCAGCUCGAUGCAGUAUAUCAUUCUGGCAGCUACUUUUUCUAAAGGACAUCCUUAUCGGAAGAACAUCUUCACUAAUCACGGUCUUCUAGCCUCGUUCAUCUUGAUGUCGUUGUUCUCCAGCUACCUGGCUAUCUGCCCGUUCCAAUGGCUAGAGACCCAGUUUGAGCUGAAAAUGCCGCCGGAGAUGUCCUUCAGGGUGAGACUAGUGCUGUAUGGAGCGGCCAAUCUGGUGAUAGCGCUGCUGGUGGAGCAUCUGGUGAUAGACUACCUGAUCUCGGGAAAGCUCCGGUACCGUUGGCACAACCUGGACAAGUCCAAGCGUAAGUUUCUGGCGCUGGAGCGAGAUAUGGCCAGAAAUACCAAGUGGCCACCAUUAACCCAGGAACCACCAACUCCUGACGCUGCAGCGGUUCCGGAUUUGAUCAGGCGGAAUACGGUCACUGAAAUCAAGAUCGAGAAACACGUUCCAGAAAAUGUUCCAUUGACACCUGCGAAAGGGUUCCUUGGAGGAGGAAAGAGAUCACUGACAAUGGGGAACAAGUUCGGGUCAGCAAGAGAGGUCACGCUCAAUCCGACUAGCUUGGUUAAUGACAGGAAUACAGUGUCAAUGCAAAUUGUGUCUUGCUGUGAAAAUGAAGAGCUCAAGGAUAUUCCUAAGAAGUUAGUGAAUGGAAAUGGGACUGGAUAUGAUGGUGGUAAUGGUAAAAGACGACACAACUCGGAGUCUGAGAACGGACUUGGGAGAGACAACCCGCUGGGUAGACUUACGUCGAUAAAUCCGAUAGCGACGUUACCAAGAAACCAGUCAGCGAUUUACCAGAAGAUUAGGGAGGGAAAUUCGGAAAGGAUCAACAAGAGCGAGGAUCUCAGAAGAGGACAAAGUGUAUUGGAGAUGGAUGUGCUGCCAUCUUGA